GCACCGCUGCCGGAAAACGUUCUUUCCGGUCGCUGCGCACCAGCAGUCGUAAACAUGCCGCUCGCUAAAGAUUUGCUGCACCCCUCUGCGGAGGAGGAAAGGCGCAAGUGCAAGGUCAAGAGGCUUGUUCAGCACCCCAAUUCCUAUUUCAUGGAUGUCAAGUGCCCAGGGUGCUACAAGAUCACGACAGUGUUCAGCCACGCCCAGACGGUGGUGCUGUGUGUGGGCUGCUCGACCAUCCUCUGCCAGCCCACCGGCGGACGUGCGAAGCUCACCGAAGGUUGCUCGUUCCGGCGAAAGCCAGUUUAAGCUUACACUAUGAUUGAAUAAAGUGCGGUGCACGCGAAAGGGACUUUUGAUCCUCAUAUCUGUGCGACAUCAGUGAACGGAAAGGACGACUUGAACUGGAUGAAGCGUUUCCGCGCACACAAGUGACCCGUGCGCAUUAUCUUAACCACCAUUUUCGUUGGCGUUGGUUGGGGAUACGAAAUAAAGAUCAAUACUACACCGCUU